UAUGGCCGCAGGGCGCUUCUUAUCUCUUUCUGUGUGAACCUUUAAGUAUUGUGGAAACUGAACAUUAACGCAAUAUUUUUAAUAUAUUAGCGCUUUUUGAGAUUUAGAAUCUCGGACCUUUUUCGCGGAUUGUUUAUCUUUUUCAAGUUGUUUGGGACCUUUCUGCGAUCAAGUUUACGUUUCUUGUUAUCUGUUGUUUGAAGAUUCUGGAAGAUUCAAAGGCGCACGCACAAACCCGAACUAUCGUAACACAUCUCUCUGUAUACGUACAGAAAAGGAGAAGACGGAAUGGCGAAGUCAAGCAAUGAGUCUCUUAUUAUGACAUUACUGGAACAGAUCAGGGCUUUAGAAGAUGAAAGGGAUAAGGCUUUGCAGCUUUCUAGCGAGCUUGAGAAGAAGGUGAGGGCUCGGAAUAAAUCAGAAACAGACUCUUACGGGGAUCAAGGUAUCGACAGCCCCAGCGAGGAAUCUGAGACGAAACUCGAGAAAUUAAAGGAGGAGAACGAAGUAUUGAAAGGAACUGUCGAAUCAAUGGCACAAGCGGUGAUAUUUGAUCUCGAAGAAAUUCGACUUAAUGAAGAGCAACGAAGAUUUAAUUUAAAAGAGCUUAUUUGCGAGGAUCAGAAUCAUCGAUCCGAAGAGUCAAGCGAGGACAUGGAUGCUGAUGGUUAUAAGACAAUGUUGGACAUGUGUAAAAAGUAUUAUGGAAAAAUGGUGGCAGAACUUCAGGACGAGAGAAGCUCUUUACAGCAGAAGGUUGAGAAACAGCAAGCUUUGCUCCUGGAAAAGGAAAUGAAAAUCGCAGAACUGGAAAUGAAACUACAGCAAGUUUCUCGAAAGUAAAGUAUGAUAAUUGCUUGAAAUGCAUCUUAGUUAAAACAGGUUAAAGUUUCCUUUUUUGAUAGGUGACACGGGGUAAAACCAAAGUUCAAAUCUGAUUUAUCAUUCAUAGGUCGUAUGGAAAUAGUCAUGGUUAUAAUGGUAAAUUUGUAAUUUGUUAACCUAAGCUUUUACUCCUAUGAAAGACCUAGACAGAGUUUUUCCUUACAAUAUCUAAACAAUAUUAGGCAGACAAGCAAUGAAAUUAAAGAGGAAAACAUCAAUUAGGGGAAUAUUAGUUUAUCUGAUGUGAAAUUCUCAAACUCACAUCAUAAGAGUUGUACAGCACACAGUAAGGAGAAUCACAAAUGAGAUCUUGGGAUCGACAGGGUUGAGAUGCAUCAAUGCUGUGGUUGAUUAAUGUCCAUGCCUAGUGUUAAAGAUUUUCUCUUUUCUACAUAUUGGAAGGAAAAUUUAGUGAUGUCUUUCAUUGUGAUAAUGAAAUGUAGAAAUGUAAAGAAAAAUUUGAAAUGUUUUCCAUUAUAGUAUGCCAAAGAAAAAUUUCAGUUUCCUGAGAUUGUUUGAUUUUGAGACCCUUGCUGACACAUUUGUUUGCACAUUAGGUGAAUAGUUUUCAGUGAAUCAAGGAAGUGAAAAUAGUUUCUCUGCUGUGCAUAAGUGAAUGGAAAACUGCCUCGUCAUUGUGCAAAACUGCUUAUUAACAAGGCAUGGGUUGAUGAGGAUUACAGUUUAUUCACUUAAUGUUUAUGUAGUAUAAUUUCCGCCGAGGGUCGGUUAGCAUCGAGCUGUUUCGAUGCUUAGGCAAAUGUUGGGUUUAACGCGAGCCCGCACACGGGGUGCAAGACACUCAACUGCUUUACAAUCAACUUAAUCUACUUUAUUGCUUGAAUCAAGGAUCUUAUAUACAUAAUGGUAGCUAAAUCAUACGUGAUACAAAAUACAGAAGAUAAUAUGAGUUUCCCUUGGAAUAAACAACUUAAUUACCACGUAUCCGCAAUUUCACAGAUAUGGGAGGACACUUUCGUAAUUUCGACACUUUCGUAAUUAUGUAAUCAAAGCCUACUUUAAAAUUGUUUGUCACGCUAUGCUUAACUUUACAGCAUCUUUUGACCCAUAUGACAAAAAGUUAAAUGACUUGUUCUUAGAAAAGCAAUAACUCGAAUUAGGACAUUCCUUUUGUUUCACAGUUAAAUGUUGCAAUUGUCAAGUGAGUUAUUUAGAAAUGCCUUUGGAAAUUAAGAAGCAUUACCUGCAAAGUGGUUGUUACACUAAAGACUGAGUUAAAAGGGCAUUCUCAUAUUGCAGCAUUUAAUUUCACAAUUGAAUUGCAAAAAUAAGAGUUGCAGCUCUACUGCUGCUUGAAAUAAUGUUGCCAGCCAUUUGUUAUUUGCAAAAUCAAUUAAACAGAGUCAAAUUGAUUUCUAAGAACGUAAUUUACCAUGGGAUAAAAGUAAAAUUAUGAAAUAACAGGAUUCUUUUGUAUUUUAUGCAUUGUUGUACACAGACAUUUAUUUAAGUCUCCAAUAAUUGUAUCAUGAAUAUUCAUUAAUAUGACAUACAUGUAGCUCAGAAAGAUAUUUCAGGAAUUCAAGUAAAUUAUUAUUAAAAUUACACUCAAAGCACCA